AUGACAACAACAACAACAACGGCCUCGGCAAUCGGAUCGCUUCCCGAGGAUAUCAUGUCUCAACAGCUUCAACACCACCUCACCAGCUCGGAGGGUGCUCAGCAAAAGGACAGUGACGAACCACUACACAGUCCUGACCCUGAGACGAUACGAAAACGUUACGAAAGCAUGUCCUUUGACGAAAUGCAACAACAAAUGGCCGAAAGCUACAGACAGCUAUCCGAGGUCCUCGGCAACCGUGUCAGCACUCCGUCGGCCGCUUCGUCUUCGUCUUCGUCCUCAUCGUCAUCGUCCGACAAUAACACCACUGCAGACACAAUCUACAAUGUCCCUGACAGUGAUGACGAGUACACCGUCAUGGAGCGCACCGAUUUAGACGAUGCCACGAAACGAACCAAGAUGAACAAGGUGUUCUCACGCGCAGCAUCGGGUGGCGACGUAGCCAAAGUUACACAGCUAUUAAAAGACGAGCGCUUUAGUCCAUACAUCGAUAUCGACGCCAAGGACGAGGAUGGAGCUACCCCCUUGAUUUAUGCAGCCUGCUUUGGCAAAGUCGAAAUUGCUCAGAUGCUCUUGGAAGCCGGUGCAAAGACUGACAUCCAAGAUUCAUCUGGAUGGUCCGCACUCAUGUGGGCAACGACCAACAACCACAACAAUCUGGUAAAGGUUUUGCUCGAGCACGGCGCUUCGUCACACACCCGGUCAGCCAAGGGACGUACAGUCUACGAUUUCGUCAACACCGAAAACCAGAAAAUCGUAGAGAUCUUAGCAACCAACCCGCGGGACAGCAUGUCUUCUACCUCGAGCGUCUUUGGUCGCGUCACUGCCGCCGCCUCGAGCAGUAUGUCCUCGGCGUCGUCCAAUGCCGGCGACCUCGAUUUCUACUACCAAUCCACCGUUGAGGGCUACGACACCUUUAUGGCCGAAGAAGCAGAGCGUCGUCAAGAGCUCUUGAAAACCGCCAUGGCUCUCGUUGGCAACGACAGUGAUCUUGGCAGCAGUGACGAUGAGCAGGACGACGAUAACGAUAGCAACACUGACUAUGACAACGGCCAGGACGACGAUCUCGACGACGAUAUGGAAAACGAGUUCUACUGGGACAAGUGUCUGCCAGAUCAAAUGUUUGUUUUCAGCGGAGAUAACCUAUCGCAUAUUCUCGAUACCAUGAUCACACACGUCAAGCUGCCGAUGGAGACCCGUCAGGAGAUCUGCGUCCCUGCCAACGUUGUCUUUUUGAGCGCACGCUUCGCUCAUUACUUUUCCAGCUCCGAGCUGCUGCAAGAGGUACUUGAGGGCGCAUUGUCUCGCAUGAGCAAAGUGACAAAGGAAAACGCAAACAAUGUCCAUGCCUUGUCGUUCUGGAUGUCGAACCUUGCCCAGCUGCUGUAUUAUCUUAAAAAAGACACGGGUCUCGUGGUCGCCACAGCCGAGUACCAGCUCCGUCUGUCCGAAAUGAUUUCGGAAACCUACACGAUGCUUAUUCUCGACACAGAGCGCCGCAUCCUCAAGGUAUUGGGGCCUGCCAUGCUCGAGUCGGAACAAAUCCCAGGGAUGGAAGAUGUUGACUUUGUCGAUGACUGGCAGCGUUUCUUCCGUCGCAGUGCCAGCCGCCGGUCGGUGAUCCUAUCGCAAGAGUCAGUCCAGAUGCGUCGCCACACAAGCACGCCUGCCCAUGGCGGCAUUGUUUCGCCACAGUCCGUCACGAGCCUGCUGUCCACUACCUUUUAUGUCUUACAAACCUAUGAAGUCCAUCCAACCAUCAUCAUCCAGGCUCUGGCGCAGCUCUUCCAUUUCAUGUCCUGUGAGCUGUUUAACCGCAUCCUCACCAACAAGAAACUCUUGUCGCGCUCCAAGGCCUUGCAAAUCCGUAUGAACCUGUCCUAUGUGGAGGACUGGAUCCGCCACAACCACCUUCCAUCCAGCUUAUUGAGCUACUUGAGCCCGUCCGUGCAGCUCCUCCAGCUCCUCCAGUGCUUGUCCCAGCUCACUGAUUUCGAAAGCUUUGUUCACACUGUUAAAAAGUUCGACACGCUCAACAACCUGCAGAUCAAGCGAUGUAUAGUCAACUACCGCUACGAGGUCAACGAGAAGCGCUUGCCCGACGAGAUCAAGGAAUAUGUCAUCCAGCUCGCUGACGAUACAGUACGAUAUAGACAAAAGCGAUCGUCGCUUAGAAGAAGCAGAACCUGCUAUAGCUCGCGACCUUUGUCGCGCGUCAACUCGAUGCAACGCUCAUUGUCACGGCCAGAAAGCAUGUCCAGUCUCGUUGGAUCGCUUAUCUCCAGCGUCGGUAUCUCGUCCUCAAACUCAUUGCCACCAUCCAUGCCUUCAACGCCCACCACCGAAGAAUUGCCUGUGGCUAUCCCAGCAGCAGCAGCAGCAAAGCCAGCUGCCGCUAUUGAAUCGGAUACGGAUGAGGAUGAUGACGAUAACGACGAAAUCCGCGAGAUCAGAGAUACAAAGUUCAUGUUACCAUUCUCGGUGCCUUCGACUACGCGUAUGGUUAGUACCAACGGCUGGGCUCCUGACAACUCCAAGGAACGUCUGAGCGUGCCUGUUAUUCCCGAAAAAUGGAUGGAAAAGUUAGACACGGACAACUAUGCCCCUAUGUAG